AAGGACACAUUUCGAACCGUCAAGGUUAGUCUGGUCUUCGAUUUCCGUCUCGAUAUGUGUGGAACGCUGAAGGCAAUCUGUGUACGAUGGAUGGGAUUGUUCCUGAUUUUGGGAAGACCAAUCUGCGUGGUUACUCAAGUGGUACACAAUUAUGCCUGCUUAAAUUCAGGAGAGACGAUCUUAGCCAAUCUGUCGGAUUUGAAAGCCGGGCAAAGCUUCCGAUUCUUCAGCCAUCGAGAGCAGUACUUUAACCUGGAUUAUCCCCGGAACUACGAAUGUAACUUUGAGUUCCUGCUAGGAGAUCGAUGUGAGAAGAUGCACUUGACAUGCUCUCACAUGGACGUGGAUGGAGAUUUCGAAGCGAAUUGUAUUGGCCAAGAUCGCCUUCAUUUCAUCGAUAAUUUUAACUCCUUCCAAGAGAGUUAUUGUGGGCAAGUCAAACCGAAUUACACCACAAUUGGUCAAGCCAUCUUCCUGUCGUUUCGCUCAACGUUGACCAGCCAAUCGGGGAAGGGUUUUCGAUGUGAGGUGAGGUGCUUAGACUAUGACAAAGAUGGAUCCUCUCAAUCUGGGGGCAAUGUUCCCAAGGAUCAGGAAAUACUCCCUUGCAAAUGCGGUCGAGCUAAUCGCCGCCAAAGGAUUAUUGGCGGGACUGUUACCAAGGUAAACGAAUAUCCUUGGCAAGUAGCCAUUGUCAAGUGGAACAAAACACAACCAUUUUGUGGUGGCGCUCUGGUCGAUGAUGAAUGGGUUAUGACGGCUGCUCAUUGCACACAAGGCUUCACUCCCGACCAGAUCCAAGUGGUUUUGGGCGAGCAUGAUCACACCAUUGCCACGGAAACUGCUCACAUUGUCAUGGAUGUGGUUGAGAUUCAUGAUCAUCCUCGAUACAAUGGAUUCCAUGUGGAUUACGACUUCUCGUUGUUGAGGCUCUCGAGGGCCUUGGAUUUUUCCCACUACGAUCACAUUCUUCCGGUGUGUUUACCCUCAUUAUCGCCCACUCCCAAUGGAGCUGAGGUGAUUGCCACAGGAUGGGGAACUACUCAAGAGGGCGGAAAAAUUGCAGACAAGCUAAAUCAAGUGAAACUGGAACUAUUCCCAAUGACGACCUGUCGGAAACUUCUUGGGAAGGAUGAUGUGACCGAUCAAAUGAUCUGUGCUGGCAAUUUGGAAGGUGGCAAAGAUGCGUGUCAGGGAGAUAGUGGAGGACCUCUGACCCAUAAAAGAGAUAGUCACAAUUACCAUUUAAUUGGAAUCACCUCUUGGGGAUUUGGUUGUGGUCGUCGAGGUCUACCUGGUGUUUAUGCCAACGUCCUCAGCACCAGAUCGUGGUGGCAAUCCUACAUUCAAGAAACGGCAUGUCCCAAAAGCAACGAACCAUAACCCGUUGUCCCGAUUACAGUUUUUUUCAUCUCGUAAUUUAGUACGAAGACAGUGAAUAUUUGUCCAUUCAAUACCGUUGUUUAGAGAUUGGAAAGAAAGCACUUGAUCUUUGUUUGAAUUGUAUGAAAUGUACUGUUCUCUGUUGCUCUUUAUCGUGACAGAAGAAAAUAUAAUAGGAAGCUUGUCCAAACA